AGGUCCAGGCUCCCGACCGGGUGUAUGGGUAUUAUAGUUAUUUUUCGAGCAUACACUACUGACAAGCUUCAUUUUCCUCAGUUCCAGCAGGGAUUCCGUAUUUGAUCUGUUUUCGUUUUCUCACAGCUCCUUGGAAGAAAAGGAACAAGCCCUUCUUCACCUACGGACCUACCUCUCCCCGUUUCUGUUCACCCGCUUGCUCACGGGAAUGCUUUUCUGUAUCCGGUGAAAGCCUUCAUGUUGGUGGUGUCUAAAUGGAACUUGGCUGGUAGAAAUCACUAUUUUAGAUAGAAAGCUAAUCUGGAGAGACAGAAGGCCAACGAUGGUGAUCAAGAUGUUGUAAGUUCAGGACAAACGAGAUUUCUGAGAAAAUCUUGGUCUCAAUAUCGAAGCAGAGUAUAGCAACUGAGUGUUAAAUGUUCUUCUUCAAUAUUCAGACAUCGGGAAGCAGAGUAUGAGAGAGAACGUAGUGGAGAUAAAUCAUCAGGUCCAGGACGUGUUCUGUCACAGAUCUGGUAUCUAUAGUCAUUUUUCACGGAUGUUCAAGCGGCCAUCAAAGAAGGGAUCUGCAAGAACGACAGUGCUCUUCGUCACCGUCCUUUUCCUUUGCGUCUUUAUCUCUUCCCACUGGAUCGACGUGUCUUUUGUUUCGAAGCAGAAACUUGUGGUUAACCCGGAACCAAUUCAUAAACCCCUUCACAAAACUUCUCACAGAGUAGCCAUCCCCUUCAACUGCUCCGCCGGAAGCCAGACUCGAAGCUGUCCGGCUAGAAGCUUCCCAUCGACAUUACAGACGGCAGAAGAUGACCUUUCAUCAUCAAGUCCAAUGUGCCCUGAUUAUUUCCGGUGGAUCCAUGAAGAUCUGCGGCCGUGGAAGAAAACAGGGAUCACGAAGGAGAUGGUGGAGAGAGCCAAGAAGACCGCUAACUUUAGGCUGGUGAUCGUGAAUGGGAGAGCUUACUUGGAGACCUUCGAGAAAGCGUUCCAGACGAGGGAUGUGUUCACUUUGUGGGGGAUCUUGCAGAUGUUGAACAAGUACCCUGGGAGGUUGCCGGAUCUUGAGCUGAUGUUCGAUUGCGUCGAUUGGCCGGUCGUCCAAGCACGAGACUACGGCGACCAUAACUCCACUGCCCCUCCACCAUUGUUUCGUUACUGUGGGGACGAGUGGACAUUAGAUAUCGUUUUCCCUGAUUGGUCUUUCUGGGGUUGGCCAGAGGUCCACAUGAAGCCUUGGGAGAAUCUGCUGAAGAAGUUGAGAGAAGGAAACGAGAGAACCAAAUGGAUGAACAGGAAACCUUAUGCUUACUGGAAAGGAAACCCAGAUGUGGCUUUGACAAGGCAAGACCUCAUGAAAUGCAAUGUCUCCGACAAACAGGAUUGGAAUGCUCGCCUCUUUAAGCAGGAUUGGGUCCGUGAAUCUCAAGAAGGCUUUAAGCAAUCAGAUUUAUCAAGGCAAUGCACUCACAGAUAUAAGAUCUACAUUGAGGGCUCUGCAUGGUCAGUUAGUGAGAAAUACAUUCUAGCCUGCAACUCUGUUACUUUACUAGUAAAGCCUCGAUAUUACGAUUUCUUUACAAGAAGUCUACAACCAAUUCACCAUUACUGGCCUAUAAGAGAGGAUGAUAAGUGCAAAUCUAUUAAGUUUGCUGUUGAUUGGGGCAACCAUCACAAACAAAAGGCACAGGCUAUAGGGAAAGCAGCCAGUGGAUUCAUUCAAGAGGAGCUGAAGAUGGAUUAUGUGUAUGAUUACAUGUAUAAUCUGUUAAAUGAAUACGGGAAGCUUUUCAAAUAUAUGCCCACCAUACCUGAACAAGCCAGCGAGCUCUGUCCAGAGGUAAUGGCUUGCCCUGCAGAAGGGUUGGAGAAGGAGUUUAUGAUGGAUUCCAGGGUGAGUUUUACUGAGGAUACAAGCCCAUGUACCAUGCCGCCACCUUUUAAUCCUACAUCUCUCCGAGGCUUACUGAAGAGAAAAGCGAAUUCAAUACGACAGGUGGAGGUAUGGGAGAAAAAAUACUGGGAGAAUCUGCAUAUGGAACAGUAGAGUUUUGUAAUAUUGUGAUUCUCUCUAAUUUUUUUUUUUGACUUUACUUUAGACAGGUUGUUGACCAAUCCAGUGAUUGGGUGCCAUAAUCGGAUGUGUUGAAAUGGAAUAAUUCCUUUUUCC